ACACACAAUUCAACACUUUGAUUUUGCUUGGUGGCGGUGUUGUUAUUGACGAUGAACGGUGCCCUUCAGCUAACUUUUGUUUGGAUAAAUAAUUCAAAUCAUACAAAUAUAUAAAUAUUUAAUUUUUCUAAGGCAUGGCUUCUGUUUAUCUCUACAUUUCCUCUUUCAAUCCCUCUCCUUUACAAGGAGGCUAUAAGGGUCUGCAUUGUGCCUAUCCAUUUGCGCCAAAUGAUUUAACUGAUCUAGUAGUCUCAAGCAACCCCACUAGGAAAUUGUGUUUCAGGUUGAAGGGUGUUAGUCGAGUUAGAGCCUCAUUGGUAUCUGGAGAAGGUGAUCUUCUCUCUUAUCAUAAUAACAAUGGAGCUCCAGGACAAGAUACCAUCGUUAGCAAUAAGUUUAACCCAUCACCUGGCCUUGAAUUACAACCUGAUGCAAUAGGUUUCGAUACACUUUCUGCCGAAAUAACUCCCACUACGUCUGCUUUCUUUCCUGAUGAUGAUGAGUAUGAUCUUGAUCAUCCUACUGAUGGAUUUGCUUCUAUACCUGAGGCCAUUGAAGAUAUUCGUCAAGGCAAGUUAGUAAUUGUUGUCGAUGAUGAAGACAGAGAAAAUGAGGGAGACUUGAUAAUGGCAGCAUCAAAGGCAACUCCUGAAGCUAUGGCAUUUAUUGUCAAGCAUGGAACCGGUAUUGUAUGUGUGAGUAUGAAGGGAGAAGAUUUGGAGAGGUUGGAACUGCCCCUAAUGGUAACACACAAGGAGAAUGAGGAGAAACUUUGCACUGCAUUUACUGUUACAGUGGAUGCAAAACAUGGCACAACAACAGGUGUUUCGGCUCAUGACAGGGCAGCAACAGUGUUGGCUCUUGCCUCUAGAGAUUCAAAACCUGGAGAUUUUAAUCGCCCUGGUCAUAUUUUUCCACUUAAGUACAGGGAAGGAGGGGUUUUAAAAAGAGCUGGACAUACAGAAGCUUCUGUUGAUCUUUCAAUGUUAGCUGGGUUAGAGCCUGUUGCUGUUUUAUGUGAGAUUGUUGAUGAUGAUGGCUCCAUGGCUAGAUUACCUAGGCUUCGCCAGUUUGCACAAACAGAAAACUUAAAAAUCAUUUCCAUAGCCGAUCUAAUCAGAUAUAGGAGGAAGAGAGACAGAUUAGUGGAGCUGGCUGCUACUGCUCCAAUACCAACUAUGUGGGGCCCAUUUGAAGCCUACUGUUACAGGUCACUGCUGGAUGGAAUAGAGCAUAUAGCAAUGGUCAAAGGUGAAAUUGGGGAUGGUAAAGAUAUUCUUGUGAGGGUGCAUUCUGAGUGUCUCACAGGUGAUAUAUUUGGAUCAGCUAGAUGUGAUUGUGGAAAUCAGCUAGCUCUUGCUAUGACACAAAUUGAGGCAGCUGGCAGAGGUAUAUUAGUUUACCUCCGUGGACAUGAAGGUAGAGGAAUUGGUUUAGGCCACAAGCUUCGGGCCUACAAUCUACAAGAUGAUGGACGGGACACAGUUGAAGCCAAUGAGGAGCUGGGUUUGCCUGUUGAUUCUCGGGAAUAUGGACUUGGUGCCCAGAUACUACGAGAUCUGGGUGUCCAUACUAUGAGGUUGAUGACAAAUAAUCCUGCAAAAUAUGUGGGGCUUAAAGGUUAUGGCCUGGCCAUUGCAGGCAGAGUCCCAUUGUUGACUCCAAUAACUAGGGAGAACAUGAGAUACUUGGAAACUAAACGUGAAAAGAUGGGGCACAUUUACGAUUAACGUUUUAAUGGCUAUGUACAUGGUAUCAUCGGGUGAGAACAAUAAUUCAACCGUUGGCAGUCCAAUGAAUGGUUUAUCAACGGCAUUAUCAUUUGCAAGCAUGUCUGGCGAAUCAGUAAAUUGAGAUGGCAAAUUCAAGUUCUUUUUCUUUCUUGCUUGGAAUUUUUGCAGUGAGCAUUCUUUGUUGUUAUACCUUCACAAACGGGGUAAAGAAACUCCCAAAUACAUUACAUUCCUUUUCAUAAGGCCAACCAUGAUGCUGCUUGGAAAUCUUCAAACAAAGAAGCUGGUUUGGCUGUACUGAUCUGCAGUAGGUAGCAGUGAGAGACUACCUGAUGGAAGGCUAAAAAAGAGAGGCCCUUUGUCCUUCUCUAGUGGCUGAGUUGUGGCAAUUUGAGGAGGAUUAUCCUUAAUUUACUGCAAUAGAGGCGACAGAAAUCAUAAUUGAAUCUGAUUUUAAGAAAGCAAUUGGAGCCAUGUUUGAGGUUUAUUCUUCUUCAAGUCUGGGUAUUUGCUUGCUAAUAUAGUUUUAUGACAUAAGAGAAAAGGUUCAAAUUCUUUGAUGUUUCGUAAUCUCUCCUGUUCAUUUCUUGGAAAGAAAUUCGGUUAAUAAAAAUAAUAUUGUAAAGCU